AUGCAAGUCAACGAAGUGGUUUCUUUUGAAGAAAACGCCGAAUCGAUCGGACACGGCGGAUACGGAAGGGUUUUUCUGCUCCGGAAUCACACUCCUCAAGCUGUGAUCAAAUUGAUCGAUUGUGACGAGGCCGCUUCGGCGGAGAUUCUCCGAAGAGAAUACGAGACUUUGGAGAAGCUCUCGCAUCCGAAUGUCGUCUCGUACAUCGGCCUUCGAGAAGUGCAGAAUGAUUUGGGAAGGAAAACGGGCAUUCUCAUGGAAUACUGUCCGAGGGGCGCAUUGAGAAAAAUCCUACUCGAUCCCCGAUACAUCUACUCGAUGAACACGGUCUUUUGCUGGAUCGAGCAACUAUUUGAUGCUGUGGACUAUUUGAAGCGAAACGACACAAUCCACCGAGACAUAAAGCCGGAAAACAUCUUUGUGACCGAGGAUUUUGCUUUGAAGCUCGGUGACUUUGGAAGCAACAAGAUCAGUGAAAUGACUUGUGCUGGCACUUUCGUUGGAACGUUUCGAUAUAUGAGCCCUCCACAGAGUGAAGAGAUGGCGAGAAGUUCGACGAUGGAGGUU